UGGUACCAGAGUUCCAAACCCUUCUGCCUUUUGUGGUUCCAUGGGGGUUGCCUAUGGGAGGUAACCUAUGCCUGGUUCCAUUGCUUUAUGUUUAACAUCCAUCUCUCUUAGGAGAGAUGCCACUGCAACCAACUACCUCAUGUGUAAGUAGUUAGGUGAGUUAGUUUGUUAUUUUCUUGUUGUGUGUAUGAAUUCUCUUAUGAGUACCUAAACCCCUGUUUGGGUGUAUGGUCUUAAAGGAUUACUUGCUGCUAUAUAUUUUAUGUGCACUUAUAUAUUUGAAUAAAGCUACUUCUAUUUAACCUGGUGUGUUCAUUGAGAGAGAGGGUGGUUCUGAAUUCAGUACCUUGACCAUUCUCAGUUGCUAACUACCAAAGAGGGUUAAGAAGUUAAAAGCUUGAAUUUGAGGUGCUAAACCAAAGGUGCCAGGCAAGGAGUGUAACUGUGACUCUUGCCCCAUAGGACCUUGGUUUUACCUAUCUUCUGGGCUCAGAGAUCCCCUGGCUCUGAGUGGACCAGUAAACAGGGGUGAUGGCAGCCUACCUUCUACCUUGCAAGGUUGUUGUGAGCGUACACAGCCUUGGCAAGGGUGAAGUAAUAGUCUUUUCGGUUUCAGUCUCAUUUCCCUAAGGGUGGGGGUCUGAGUCUGACGCAUGAUCCCUGUGCCUUGACGGUAGGGAUUCAUGACAUGGUUGGCAGCAGUGCGGAUUGAGGCCAUUCUUGCUCUUAGUGAACACACUGUGUGAAAUAAGUGCUUUGCAGCAAGCUUUAAAAUAAAAAGGAGACUUCUGACACAACCGUUUAUUACUUUGGGUAGUGAGGUUAGUGCAGGAUGUCACAGAAGAUAAAAACUAGAUCUCAAAAGAAUGGAGCUAACGGAGCCACGGACGUGGAGGAGAUGGCAGAGAGCGCGUUGCCUCGACGACUUGCACAGCUGGAGGAAGGCGCGUCUGCCUCAUUACCUACAGCACAGCCUCCUGAGGAUGAGGAUGAUGCAGUGCUUAAACAAAUUGAGGAGGAAAGUGAAGAAGAUGAGGAGGAAGAAGCUUCUGAUGAGGAAGAGGAAGAAAUUUUGCCCAAAAGUAUGCAGCGUUACCUAGCCAAGCAAAUGCAGCUGCUGUCUCUACAGUUUAAGGCUAUGAAGGAAGACCACCGGAGUAGAGAGAGUUUUGCUCGUAAGCAGAGGCCACUGCGAGGGGGGAGACCAGACCUCCAUAAAAAAGCUUUUCCGACUUUCCAUGAGACGGAUGACAUUUUUACUUUUUUCCAAAUUUUUGCCCACUCUUGUAGAGACCAGGGUGUGCCUAAAAAGUACUGGAUGAGUGCAUUAUUCAUUAAUGUUGAAGGCGAAUUAAGAGAACUUUUGAACUCUCUUCCUGUGGAAUUUGCGGAUGAUUUUGAUCAUUUCUACGCCCUAGCUAGAUCACAUUUUGCCCUGACUGCUGAGGACUGCUUUCGGCGCUUGAAAGCAGAUCAGAAGAAGCCGAAAGAGAGCUUUGCAGCUUUUUCUGCUAGAAUGGGCAGGAAUGUGGAACGCUGGGCAAAUACUGCUGAAGCAGCAUCCCGAGGUCAAGUUUUGGAUCUGUUUGCUAAAGAACUGUUUUACAGACAUCUCCCUCGUACGUUAGCUGAAGCAGGCCUGUUAGCAGAUCGGAUGUUCAAAAACAGAGCUGGAGAGAAGUUUACCCUGUUUCGGAAACCUGAGAACGUUCCUGUUAAGCUGCCUGGGCAAGAGGCUCCAGGAAUGCAGAAACCAUGGCAACCGUCAGGGGGGGCGAGACUCCCCCAAGCAGCUCCUGCUGUACCGGAGCCUGGACUACAAAAGAAAUUACUUGGGGAAAUCCUAUGUUUCAAAUGUGGGAAAAAAGGCCACAAGGCUAAUUCCUGUUUUGAAGCCUUGCCUAAGCCCACUCCUACUGGGAAGAAAAACCCUAAAGUUGCACCAGUCGUGUGUGUAAGAGACUUGGGCGCCCCUGGAGUGGAACUCCCAGAAAUUUCUUCUUGGUCAUCAGCGGAUGAAAAUGAUGGGGCAGAGUCGGACUUUGUAUUCUCUGCUCCAAACUCACAAGACCGCCCUGAAACUCCUCGUGGGCCUGCCGUCAGAGCCAUCUCGAUAGACUAAAGAAAAAAGGAGCCCAAGAAGCGUGGGAGUUCAUGAAAAACGUAUUACAAAAAGCGCAAUCGCAAACAAUUCCAAAGAGGAAGAAAAAUGGAAGACAUCGGAAAAAGCCAAUGUGGCUACACGGAAGUCUGGUGGAGGAGGUAAAAGUAAAAAAGAGCAUGUAUAAAGAAUGGAAGGAAGGACGCAUCACCAAGGAAGAGUACCGACGAGCGGCUCAGGCUUGCAGGAAUAGCGUAAGGAAAGCUAAAACCCAGAAUGAGCUGAGGCUGGCGAGGGAAGCGAAGAACAACAAAAAGGGUUUUUUCAGACAUGUUUGAAGCAAGAGAAAGACCAAGCAAAAGGUGGGACUGCUGCUCAAUGAGGAUGGCAAAAUGUUGACAGAUAACGAGGAAAAAGCAGAACUGCUCAACGCCUAUUUUGCCAAAAAGGGAACCGUGUGCAACCUUGCAUCGGUAGCAAUCUCAGUAAGGGGUUGGGACUGCAGUUCGAGAUUGAUAAGGAGAUAGUCAGGAAAUACCUAGUUAACCUAAAUGAGUUCAAAUCUCCAGGGCCUGAUGAUCUGCAUUCCAGAGUACUGAAGGAACUUAAAUAACUGUGCAUUUCUGUUUGUGUGUGUAUGCAUAGAACUCUCUGACUUUUGCAUGGCUCAAAUGUAGCGUACUGUAAAAAGACAAGAGUCACUUCUGUUGCUCAGCCCAUGUUUUGUGUCUGGCCCUGCCUCCAUUUUGCCCAUUACAUUACAUAUUAAACAUUACAUAUAGCAUUUGGUCUUUCCUGCUUUCAUGUGGCAUAGCUGAGCCCCAUUGUGGGUUCAACAGAGAACACUUCUGCAAAUAAAGCAUUGUACAUUU